AAUCGAAAGACUGUGCCAGCACUGAGAAGCCUCCGGCUCCAGCCCCCCGCUAAAACCAAAAGAAAAAGGGAGCGAAAGAAAGAAAAAUAGACGAUUAGCUUGCUAGGCAAGCCACAAAGACGGCUCGUUUAUUUCUUUUCAUUAAAAAUCAAUGGUGGUGAUGGGGUCCUUUAAGAAGGAGGACGGCCGGUCAAUGUGUACUGCAUUUGCGUUUCUUCUGUUGUUGGGUUGUUCCAGCUUCCUUUUUAGUGCCGUUGAAGCCUCUGUGUCUUAUGACUCUAAGGCUAUCACCAUUAAUGGUCAGAGGAGAAUCCUCAUUUCUGGAUCCAUUCACUACCCCAGAAGCUCACCUGAGAUGUGGCCAGAUCUUAUACAGAAAGCAAAAGAUGGAGGCUUGGAUGUGAUUCAAACUUAUGUUUUUUGGAAUGGUCAUGAACCUUUACCUGGACAAUAUUAUUUUGAGGGGAAUUAUGAUCUGGUGAAGUUCAUAAAGCUGGUAAAGCAAGCAGGCCUUUAUGUGCAUCUCAGAAUUGGUCCUUAUGUUUGUGCAGAGUGGAACUUUGGGGGUUUUCCUGUUUGGCUUAAAUACAUUCCAGGAAUUGAUUUCAGAACAGAUAAUGAACCUUUUAAGGCACAAAUGCAAAGAUUUACAACCCAUAUUGUCAAUAUGAUGAAAGCUGAGAGCUUGUUUGAAACUCAAGGCGGCCCGAUAAUUCUAUCUCAGAUUGAAAAUGAAUAUGGACCCUUGGAGUAUGAAAUUGGUGCUCCUGCUCUUGCUUACACCCAAUGGGCUGCUACAAUGGCUGUGGGUCUUGACACUGGUGUCCCAUGGGUCAUGUGCAAGCAAGAUGAUGCACCUGAUCCGGUGAUUAAUGCCUGGAACGGUUUCUAUGGCCACUACUUCUCUCCGAACAAGGCUUAUAAACCCAUGAUGUGGACUGAAGCCUGGACUGGCUGGUUUACUGAAUUUGGAGGAGCGGUUCCACACCGACCAGUUGAGGACUUAGCGUUUUCAGUUGCUAGGUUUAUACAAAGCGGGGGAGCAUUUAUUAAUUAUUACAUGUAUCAUGGGGGAACAAAUUUUGGCCGGACUGCUGGAGGUCCUUUCAUGGCUACUAGCUAUGACUAUGAUGCUCCUCUGGAUGAAUAUGGAUUAUUUAGGCAACCUAAAUGGGGCCAUUUGAAAGAUUUGCAUAUAGCAAUAAAACUGUGUGAACCAGCUCUAGUAUCUGCAAAUGCAUAUGUGAUACCACUUGGAAACUCUCAAGAGGCUCACGUUUUUGAAUCAGAGUCUGGCGCAUGUGCUGCAUUCCUUGCUAACUACUAUGAGAAUUCUUUUGCAAAAGUAUCCUUUGGAAAUAAGCAUUAUAAUUUGCCUCCCUGGUCUAUUAGCAUUCUGCCUGAUUGCAAGAACACUGUCUAUAACACUGCAAGGGUUGGUGCCCAAAGUUCAAUGAUGAAGAUGACUCCUGUUCCUAUGCAUGGAGGAUUCUAUUGGCAAUCAUUUAAUGAAGAGCCAGCCUCAUAUGAUGACAGUUCAUUCACAGUGACUGGGCUGUUGGAGCAGAUUAAUACAACUAGAGAUCUCUCUGACUAUCUAUGGUACACGACUGACGUUAACAUUGAUGCCAAUGAAGGAUUCUUGAGCGGUGGAAACGAUCCUGUUCUAACUGUCUUAUCAGCUGGUCAUGCUUUGCAUGUUUUUGUUAAUGGUCAACUAUCAGGAACCUCCAUUGGGAGUCUAGAAUUCCCAAAACUUACUUUUAGUCAAAGUGUGAAACUGAAAGCUGGAAUCAACAGAAUUUCACUUCUAAGCAUUGCUGUUGGUCUCCCAAAUGUCGGUACACAUUUUGAGAGAUGGAAUGCUGGCAUUCUUGGUCCUGUUACACUAGAUGGUCUCAAUGAGGGUAGGAGAGACUUGUCAUGGCAGAAUUGGUCCUACAAGGUUGGCCUUGAAGGAGAAAGGCUGAGGCUUCACACUCUCAGUGGUAGUUCCUCUGUUGAGUGGACUCAGGGAUCCUUUGUGGCUCAAAAGCAACCACUGACUUGGUACAAAACUACCUUCGAUGCUCCCGCUGGUGAUUCUCCUUUGGCUUUAGAUAUGGGCAGUAUGAGUAAAGGUCAAGUGUGGAUAAAUGGACAGAGUGUUGGGCGUUACAUGCCUGCAUACAGGGCAUCCGGUGAUUGUGGUUAUUGUAAUUAUACUGGAACUUAUUAUGAGAAGAAAUGUGUAAGCAAUUGUGGAAAGGCCUCUCAAAGAUGGUAUCAUGUCCCUCGGUCAUGGCUAUACCCAACAGGGAACUUUUUGAUUGUGUUUGAAGAAUGGGGGGGAGAUCCAUAUGGAAUUUCUUUGGUUAGAAGAGAGAUAGACAGCGUAUGUGCUUAUAUAUAUGAGUGGCAGCCAACCCUUGCUAGCUAUCUGAUGCAAGCCUCUGGUAAAGCCAAAAAACCCCUGAGGCCUGAAGCUCACUUAAUGUGUGGCCCUGGCCAGAAGAUCUCAUCAAUAAAAUUUGCUAGCUUUGGAACACCUGAAGGGGUUUGUGGAAGCUACCGUCAAGGAAGCUGUCAUGCGUUCCAUUCUUAUGAUGCUUUCCAAAGGCUUUGUGUUGGACAGAACAUGUGCACAGUAACCGUAGAUCCUGAAAUCUUUGGUGUAGAUCCAUGCCCCGAUGUAAGGAAGCAACUUGCUGUAGAAGCUGUUUGCAGCCGAUGACCUGCUACAUCUCAACUUACUGAAAUGGACUAAACAAGGUUCCAUUUCUUCCCUACAAUAUAGCAUUUUUUAAUUGACUAUUGUUUACACAUCCAAGGUCACUCCAACCAUUUGAUUCGGCUUCUUCCAGUGUGAAGUUGUACAAUACAACACCCCACAUGGUUGAAAGCCCUUACUGAUAGUGAAAAUGAUCGAGGAUAAGUCAUGUACAUAAAUUGGUUUGUUUAUGGCUGCCCUACAUAUUUUAUACCAUAAGUGGAAAGAGAUGGAAGAGGAUUUGUCUACGAUCCAACUGAGUUCAUCUGCCAGUCUUUUACAUUUAGAUUAUGGAGAGGCUCUAUUUUCCUAAUUUAUAAUAUCUUUCAUGUUCCUUGACAUGUUUUUGGAAGCAAUUCUUUUCAUUGCUAUGUUCUUGUAAGGAAGUGCUUUGAAAUGGUAAUAAGAUCAAAUUCUCUCCA